UGCUUUCUUAAGAGAAGUUAUUUAGGUACAAAUUUCUCUGGUAAAGGUUUUGUUGUGAUUUUGAUCGGUGUGUGGUAGCUACCUAGGAAGAACAAAUCAUAAUGACGAAUUUCUAUUUAACGGCAAGCUUGUUAUUAACAGUCGUACAAUUUAUUCAUGGUCUGCCGAGAACUCCAGUCACAGAAUUACCAAAUUAUCCCAGAUAUACGGAAUCAGCUAAAUCCCACCGGAGUUUUACCCCCAAGGCACCUUCACCAUUUACGUCAGCAGUAGAGUACAAUGAUGCCACUGCCGCGGCAACACAGCGUGGCCCAAAUUACAUUCAAAAUCCCUAUCUUUAUCAAAAUGUAAUUCCUAUUAAACAAAAAGUUCAACAAGUGGGAAGGCCUGGGAAAACCGGACCACAACAAUUUGCAAACCCAGAGGAGCCCCUUACUGAGAAAGAACGCAAAGAACUCGAAGAAGAAGAAGAAAUUGAAGAACCUGAUCGUCUGAGUGUUUUGCUGCCGCAAUCCAAGUUUAAUUGCGCAAGUAAAAACACAGGGUAUUAUGCGGAUGAAGAAUUAGGUUGCGAGGUGUUCCAUUACUGUCAAGAUAAUGCCAAACAUUCUUGGAUUUGUCCUGAAGGGUUUACUUUCCAUCAGGUCCAUCUAAUUUGUAUGCCUCCUGGUGGUGAUAACAUCUGUGAAAAAUCUUCACAGUUUCAUUUUGUUAACGAAUAUCUCUACAAACCAGUUAAUUUGGAAGAAUAUCAACAAAAACCCAAUAUCUCGUUACGUUAUUCUGAAAGAUUUUACCCCGAAAACUACUACGACGAAGGAGAAAAUGAACAAGACGAUCGUCAAACAGUUCAACAUAGGAAUUCAGUGCGGGUUCAACAAAACACACCUGAAUCGGUAACCAGAGCUACAUUCAGACCAGAAACUUCUCUUGGUCAAGUAUUUAGGACUCCUAAUGAAGUUAACAUACCACUUCAGCAGAGAAGACCGCAGUAUGGGACGCAAAGAUUUUUCACCAAAAAAUAAUAUGUAGUAACUUUGUUGAAUAUUUAUCAAAAAUGAUACAAGACUAUCGUAAGCCUGAAUUAACUUAGUUAUAAAUUAAUAGUGCGAUUAGAAGAUGUAAUAAAUGUUUGUUUUUUUCAAUAAAAAAUAUUUUUACAAAAUAA